CAGGAGUGUCACUGGCUGCCACAUCACUGAGGACACAUCACUGAGGGUCCCACAAUGUGGCCUGGGCUGUGAUUUAUCCUGGGUGAGACAGCUUGAGCCCCCUCCCUGGAUUCCAAGACAGCCCUGCUGAGAAAGCCCAGGUGCAGCCCAGCAGGACAACUGAUGGAGUCCCCCAGGGCCCAUCAAAUACCGGACUGGCUGAUCCUGUAAGGCUGGGAGCAGCCCCUGCCCCCUCAGUAUGGCCAACACUACUGGAGAGCCCCAAGAGGUGAGCGGCGCACUAUCCCCACCAUCAGCAUCAGCUUAUGUGAAGCUGGUGCUGUUGGGACUGAUCAUGUGCGUAAGCCUGGCGGGCAAUGCCAUCUUGUCCCUGCUGGUGCUCAAGGAGCGUGCCCUGCACAAGGCUCCUUAUUACUUUCUGCUGGACCUGUGCCUGGCCGACGGCAUACGCUCUGCCGUCUGCUUCCCCUUUGUGCUGGCUUCUGUGCGCCACGGCUCCUCAUGGACCUUCAGUGCUCUCAGCUGCAAGAUUGUGGCCUUUAUGGCUGUGCUCUUUUGCUUCCAUGCGGCCUUCAUGCUGUUCUGCAUCAGCGUCACCCGCUACAUGGCCAUCGCCCACCACCGCUUCUACGCCAAGCGCAUGACACUCUGGACAUGCGCAGCUGUCAUCUGCAUGGCCUGGACCCUGUCUGUGGCCAUGGCCUUCCCACCUGUCUUUGAUGUGGGCACCUACAAGUUUAUCCGUGAGGAGGACCAGUGCAUCUUUGAGCAUCGCUACUUCAAGGCCAAUGACACGCUGGGCUUCAUGCUUAUGUUGGCUGUGCUCAUGGCAGCCACACAUGCUGUCUAUGGCAAGCUGCUCCUCUUCGAGUAUCGUCACCGCAAGAUGAAGCCAGUGCAGAUGGUGCCAGCCAUUAGCCAGAACUGGACAUUCCACGGUCCUGGGGCCACCGGCCAGGCUGCUGCCAACUGGAUCGCUGGGUUUGGCCGUGGGCCCAUGCCACCAACCCUGCUGGGUAUCAGGCAGAAUGGGCACGCAGCCAGCCGGCGGCUGCUGGGCAUGGACGAGGUCAAGGGUGAAAAGCAGCUGGGCCGUAUGUUCUACGCGAUCACACUGCUCUUCUUGCUCCUCUGGUCACCCUACAUUGUGGCCUGCUACUGGCGAGUGUUUGUGAAAGCCUGUGCCGUGCCCCACCGUUACCUGGCCACCGCUGUUUGGAUGAGCUUCGCCCAGGCUGCCGUCAACCCGAUAGUCUGCUUCUUGCUCAACAAGGACCUCAAGAAGUGCCUGAGGACUCACGCCCCCUGCUGGGGCACAGGAGGUGCCCCGGCUCCCAGAGAACCCUACUGUGUCAUGUGAAGCAGGCGGGUAGGCAGACAGGCAGGGAGGUCAUGGCUACCUUCCAAGGUAGUCAUGGCUACCUUGCUGGGGCCAACAAUAAGGGAAGGGUGGGCCUCCUACAGGAGCCUUUCUUUCUGAGCUCCAGCCCCAGCCCCUGGAACCACCGGGAAUCUAGGCACCUUUGCCAACACCUCCCCAGGGUUGGAGACCGGGGUGGGGGACUGGGAAAGAGGUGUUUCUAAUUCUGUGGGGCCUGUCUCUGCUGCCUCAUUCUCCACUUCUACAAUCUCUGUCAUUUCCUCUCUCUCUCUCUCUCUCCUCUCUCUUUUCCUCUCUCUCUCAGAAGUGACAAUUCAGAAAAAGAAAGUAAGACUGAAAAUGCAGGUUUUUCUACUAACAGCUGAGGAGAUAGGCUUUCUUGCUUUAAUGUCUCUUCUUCUGACAUUGUCCAGAAGGGGGAAAUUUGUCCUGUAAAAUAGACUUCCAGAGCUCUUAUUGCCCCCUCUGCUCCCAUGCACCUUCUCCUUCCAAGUCCUUUAGCAAGACCUGGAUUUUAGGGAGAAAUUCAUCUGCUGACAACAGGGAUCAAAGGGGGUUCUGGGUCCCCAGGGAGCGGGGAUGUUUAAUGGCUGCGUUGUGUGCAAUUGUUGUUUUAAGCUAACCCUGGUCCCAAGCCUGGUUUCCUCUCCCUCCCCACCAUGUCCAGACCUCCUGAGUGUUUCUUGAGCAUCUGUUCAAGAAGCCAGGAGGGGAGGGAGAAGGACCCUUGGAAUGGGCUCAGGCUAGGUGAAGAAUAGGAUGUGAGCUGCACGCCUCGAGUUGAAGAGACCUGAGCUUGGCUGCAUUCUUUCGAGCUGCCUCCUGGAUCCCCAGCCCCCAACUCUUCUUCCUGAGGAUGGAAAUCCACUCCAGCUCCACUAGGGCUGAUGUGGGUGCCCUGGGCAGGAGCAUUCCCCCAGGGAAGUGUAGGGAGAAAGCCAAACUCCCCAGAGUAACUGGAAACGAGCACCUGGGGUCAGAGCCGAACUCAACCCCAGAAUUGUCUCCUGGGUUCAUACUAUUAUCCUGAAGAUGAAAAGUUGGGGGUGGCCUUGGUAUAAUGCAUGAUGGUAUAAGCUCCAAGGCAUUGUGGACCUGAGUCCAUUCCUAUCUGACCUCUUUUUGUCCCCUUGAAGCCUCAGGGGCCUUGCCCCUCUUGGUAGCCCUUGGCCUUCUGGGCCCUCAGCCCCCAGAUUCCUUUCCCUGAACAGCCCUUCUCCCCUUUUUUCCUUCCACCCAAAGUGGAGCAGACUACAGCCAGAUUCUUCAGGUGGGAGAGCCCAAGCCUCCCUCCCAGGGCAGAGUCCACCCUGGACUCACAUCAUGGCCAGUUCUUAUGGAACUGGUGAGCCAAGCUGGCAUUCCUUUGCCUGGUCUUGCCCAGAUUCUUUGUCCCCCUCUUAUUUCCUGGGGGAGGGAGAGAUCUGUAUUUAUCCACACCCUUUUCCCUUUCUGAUAGAAGCCCUUGUCCUAAGCUCCCUCCCUACCCCCAAGACAGUCCCAGCACUGGGGAAGCCUUGAUCCAAGAGGAAUGGGGAGGGCACUCUAGGCAGGAGAGACAUUAAUGAGCCUGGCUGUGGAGCAGCCCUGGAAAGGCAGGCCAGAGUGGCUGAGUGGGUGUGGGGGCGGGUACCUGUUCUCUCAAUGAUAGUGAUGGGGGUGCCUUUCCCAGGGAGUGGGGUGGGGGGGACCACAGGGGUGGGAGUAGAUAGGGUAUAUUCUGGAAGGUUUUCCUCCAUUUCUUUUUUCUAACUGCCUGGAUUCACCAUUGGAUUUUGUAAAUGGGAAACUGAAAAGAACAAUGCUAUAUUGGAUGUUUUCUCUUUCUGACUCGUGUGUGUGUGUGUGUGUGUGUGUGUGUGUGUGUGUAUGUGUGUGUGUGUGUGUGUGUCCUGUCUGCAUGACCACAUGUGGGGAGGUAUGGUCAAGUGAGACUGUGUGUGACUCUGUGUGGGGAGGCAGCACAGCCUGGUGCACACAUGUGAGCAAAUGCCUGUAUGUGGAGACAUAUAGCACAAACACACACAUGUACACAUAUGCACCUAACUGAAAGGAGACAAACUAGAGUAUGUCCCUGCAGCAGGAGGUUGAGUGGUCAGAGAAUAGAAUUUUAAAACUGUACAUAUGUAUGCAGCAAGAGGGUAGACUCCCAUUUCAUAAAUCUUCCUCCUUUGGCCCAGGCUGUGAACAUGGAGCAGGGGCAGGAUACUUGAGAACUCCAUCUCUUCCCAAAGCCUGGAACCCCCAGGUACCAUUCCAACUCCAUGGUCAGUCUCCUCUCAAAAACACAAAUGAAGUGUUCCUGAAAGUGGACUGCAAUGGAAAAUAGGGACUGGGAAUUGGGGAUUAAACUUGAGGGUGAACUAAUGGGGUUAGAAAAUGCUCCCUACAAAGUAAUGGCUUCUGGAGGGACUGCUCAGUCUGGGAUGGGAGCCCUUCUGAAGAGUCCACUGUAUACAGCUGGGACUUUGGUAACCUUUGACUAAAUUCAGAGGAGGGAUGUUAGGGGUGAAUAAAGAAAGCCAAGCCUGGGAGUCUACCCAGCUAGCCUGCUACCUGGGCACUCAAAUACUUUAUUUACUUAUUCUCUCAGGUGCACAGAAUUGAGUUGACCAUACUCCUCAGUUCUUGGCACACUAUAUCAUCGUUGGUCCAUGUGAGUCCCUUUUAUUUUUUUGUUUUGUUUCAUCCCUUUCAUCACUCAUCCCUGAUCCAAUCCCCCCUCCCACAUAGACACCCACUCUUGUGUAUUUAAUGUAUGUCCUUCCAAUUCACCGUUCAUGUAUUUGUUUACA